AGACGAAAAACUGAAUGCACAUCCUUACACACUUCUCCAUAAUAAGAGCUCACUCACUCUCUUCACUUCUUCCAACUUAGAGAAAAACAACAAUGGCGGCAUCAAAAAACCCCAUUUUUUUCUUUAUAUUUUGCCUCUGUUUUCAUCUUCUUCAAUCCGAAACCCUAAACCCAGAUUUACAACACUUACUAAACUUCAAAUCUUUAUCAGACCCAUCAAACAAUCUAGCCGAUUGGAACUCCACAGCCAACCCAAACCCAUGUACUUUCACAGGCGUUUUCUGCUUCAAAAACAGAGUUUCACGUGUCGUUCUUGAAAACCUCGGCUUAGACGGCGUUAUUCAGCCAUUAACGUUUCUCACUCAGCUCCGUGUGCUUAGUCUGAAGGGAAACAGCUUCUCUGGUUCAUUACCUGACUUCUCUAAUCUCACGGCGUUAAAGCUUCUGUUUUUGUCUCAUAAUCAGUUUUCCGGUGACUUUCCGGCUUCUGUUCAGUCUCUUUACCGUCUUUAUCGUUUGGAUCUGUCGUAUAAUAAUUUCUCCGGGAAUAUUCCUGUUGAUUUGGUUAACCGGUUGACCCAUUUGUUAACUUUGAAGCUUGAGGGAAACCGGUUUAAUGGGUCUAUUUCCAGUUUAAAACUCCCAAGUUUACAAGAUUUUAACGUUUCAAGUAACCAACUUUCCGGUGAAAUACCCGGAUCUUUAUCCGGGUUUCCUCAGUCUGUAUUUGGUGGGAAUAAUGCUCUUUGUGGGUCACCAAUGCCGGUAUGUAAAGGUUCAGUAACCGACCCGACAAAACCCGGGUCAGCCAUCGGAGCUAUUGCUUCUCCGGUAACACCAGGGAGUAUAAUAUCAUCGUCACCAAGCUCUGAACAACCAAGCAAAUCAUCAGAAUCAGUAACUACUACCCAUAACAAAACAACAAAAAUUAGCCCAUUAGCAUUAAUCGCCAUUAUAAUCGGCGAUGUUUUGGUUUUAUCGGUCAUCUCUUUGCUUCUAUAUUGUUACUUCUGGAGAAAUUACGCAGCGAAAAUGCGCGACGGAAAGGGUUCAAAACUGCUCGAAACGGAGAAAAUCGUCUACUCGUCGAGCCCGUAUCCGAACCAACCGGGUUUGGACCGGGGUCGGAUGGUGUUUUUCGAAGGGGUGAGGAGGUUUGAGUUGGAGGAUUUGUUGAGAGCCUCGGCGGAAAUGCUGGGGAAAGGCGGGUUCGGGACCGCGUACAAGGCGGUGCUGGACGACGGGAAUGUGGUGGCGGUGAAGAGGUUGAAGGAUGGUAAUAAUGUUGGGGGGAAGAGGGAGUUUGAGCAACAUAUGGAGAUUUUGGGGAGGUUAAGACAUGUUAAUUUGGUUAGUUUAAAAGCUUAUUAUUUUGCUAGAGAAGAGAAGCUUUUGGUCUAUGAUUUCAUGCCUAAUGGUAGCUUGUUUUGGCUUCUUCAUGGUAACCGAGGACCCGGAAGAACGCCACUGGACUGGACCACAAGGCUAAAAAUAGCAGCCGGAGCAGCCCGUGGGCUAGCUUUUAUUCACAACUCAUGCAAGUCACUUAAACUCACCCACGGUAACAUCAAAUCCACAAACAUCCUCUUAGACAAAUCAGGCAACGCACGUGUCUCCGACUUCGGCCUCUCUCUCUUCGCCCCACCCGCCAGUUCCGCCCCUAAAUCCAACGGCUACCGCGCCCCUGAGCUCUCAUCAUCCGACGGCCGAAAGCCAACUCAGAAAUCCGACGUGUACUCAUUUGGAGUAUUAUUACUCGAAUUGUUAACCGGAAAAUGCCCUUCUAUAGGGGACUGCGGUGGUGGGCCCGGCAACGGGUACGGUGGGGCCGUGGACUUGCCUAGGUGGGUCCAAUCUGUGGUCCGAGAGGAAUGGACGGCUGAGGUUUUCGAUUUGGAGCUGAUGAGGUAUAAGGAUAUUGAAGAGGAGAUGGUUGGAUUGUUGCAAAUAGCUAUGACUUGUACUGCUGCAGCGCCUGAUCAACGGCCGAAGAUUGGACACGUGGUGAAGAUGAUUGAAGAGAUACGAGGAGUUGAAGUGUCGCCGUGUCAUGAAACGUAUGACUCUGUGUCUGAUUCGCCGUGCGUGUCUGAGGACACUUGUGGAGCUAGCCAGUGAGUGAUUUAAUUAGAGUUUAUUUGGUUAUUAGGCGUUGAGAUUAGGAAUGUUUUAGGUGUAAAUUAGAGGUGAGAUUUGAUUUUGCAUGCAAUUUACUCCUACUUAAGAAACUUUAACAAUUUCAGCUCAAGUAAUAGUUUCAGUUAUAGAUCA